AGCAUAUCUGACCUACACAAUUCUGCUCCACCCAAACGUCCUUCAGCAUUCACAAAUGGAUCAGUUGUGCGCUCUAAUAUAAUAGGGAACGAAAGUACCCGAUUAAGCGGCCUGAUAUGCAGUAAUGGUUAAAUUAUGUGACUUUUGAAGUCAAACAAUAGGCACUAGGACCCAGAGAUCCAUGUAAGAGGGCAAAACAGAGCUGGCAGGAGGAAAGGAAUGAGCAAAACGCAGGACGGCAGGAGUAAGAGACUCGGGAAUGCUCAGACAGGCGGAUAGGACGGGAGAGAGACGAGGGAGAGAUGAGGGAUCAGGGUGGCUGCAGAGAGACAAAGUGACAGAUCGAGAUUCACAAGCAGAUAAGCAACAGGAGGAGGAGUGAAGGGAUGAAAGGAGGUGGGGCCUGAGCUACUCUGGAGCUUAAAAACAGGAGAGCGCGAAAGGGAACCUUCAUAACACGGAGUGAACGUGGAGUAAACUGAAGACGCUCCUACAGGAGGAAUAAAUCAGCAUCACACGAGGGCCGAUGGAGCAGAAAGGAACCGAGCAAGCAAAGUCACAGAGGGACUGUAAGGUUAGUGAGAGAGCAGAGAGUAACUAAGAGAGGCGAUCCCACCCACUGAGCAAGUGUACACACACACACACACACACACACACACACACACACACACACACACGGGCUUUAUCACAGGCAGUCACGCUGUAACAGAACCGUGUAGCUGCCUAAUCAUCACACAAAAGCUUCAACGGUGCCACACAUGCUGUAUUUACAGAAUACAGGCACAAGGACGUUUAAUUCAACCUGAGAAUGUUUAGACUGUAGCAAGAAGGCAUACAGAGUCUUGGAUGACACGGGGCAAGACUGAGCUUGGAGGGGAAAAAAGAGUGACGUUAGGCUUCGCAUAGCUCAAGAUAAAUAUCCCUGAUCUCCAGAACUGAACCCCACAAAGAGAUUUUACUUUAUUUUCCCCCUCACUUUAAAACCAUCUCAGUACUAUUUCUUCAUGAGAAGCAUCAACCCUUUGAGGAACUGAGGAUCUUCACAUCAGCUACAUCCAUUUGAGGAACUGCUUCUGGAGAACACUACAAGAAGCUCAAAGGUCACUCUUUUACCUUCCCAGGAGUGGGAUGGGACCCGAACACUGAGGAUCCGUGAGAAAUCACCGUCCUCGUACCCUGCACCAUGUUGCCCUGGAAUGGGCCGAAAGGGCCGCUCCUGCCCCUGGUCCUGAGCCUCCUACUCACCACCUGCGCUGGACAGGACAGCCUGGAGGAUCUCGAACUCGACGACGAGAGCAACUCCGUGAGCACAGAGAGUCCUGAGACCAUGUCUUCAGAUAUGGACAUAGUCGAUCCUCACAGGACGUGGAUAGCCUUCAGGGAUAACUCAAACAAAGGGGGAAACAAGAAGCCCAAACAAAAUAGAAGAACCUCAAAGCAUGGCCUGCCUGGUCCUCCAGGCCCUCCCGGACCCCAGGGGCCUCCUGGUCCUCCUGGGCCGUUGAUACCCAACCAGGACGAGAUAUUGGAGGACCUCCAGCUAAAGUUGAAAGAGAUGGUGGGCAGCCAGUGUGUGCUCUGUGAACAGCCCCCUCGUGUGGCCACAGCCUUCCACAGCCACCUGCACCGCAAUCUGCUGGUCCAGAGACGGAGCCUGCAGGAGCUCCAGCCUUUCAGCAGCCCUUCAGACAUAGAGCAGUUUCACCAGAGAGGCCAGGGCUUCAACGCCAGCAGCGGACGAUACACCGCCCCGGUGUCAGGGUUCUACCAGCUCACAGCCAGCCUGGUGCUGGAAUCUAGUGAGACGCAGAAAAGGACGCAGGCGCGACAGAAGGACAGCGUGAAGGCCUCCAUAUGCAUCGAGUCUCUGUGUCAGAGCAACAUGUCUCUGGAGACGGUAACAGGCCUGAAUCCUGCAGGAGGAGUGUUUAGCAUUCUGCUGACAGGAACCUUAUACCUGCAGGCUGGAGAAUACGUAUCUAUUCUAAUUGACAACGGAACAGGAUCGGCGCUAACCGUUCUCCAAGACAGCUUAUUUUCUGGAAUCCUUCUUGGAGUAUAAGACCUCAAAGACACACACACACACACAUGCGUAAACACACUCACAUACACACACACACACACACACACACAGUCAGGAAGCGAGAGACACACACACAAAAGGCACAUAGACACCUGUGACUAACAGGAACACCUGUACACCUGCUUGUUCGUGUAGCAGUAGAUAAACCCGUGUAGAUACGGGACGAGAGAUUGGGUUCAUGUUCACGCUGAACAUUACUGUGACUUCAGCAACAUUUUCCCGCACAGUGUGAACCACCUUGUUGAGAGGGAUCAGAGGAGAACGAGCUGAUGGGAAGUGUGUAUAGUAACUACAAUACGCACUCCUUACAAGACCACUCAAGCCCACACAACACCUCUAACCAUGAAGUGGAUGAACAGCUGAAGAACACCACACUGGGUUCCACUCAGAGACGCGGUGAUCUUCGGCUGCAUCCAUCAUGGCUCAGGUUCCUGUUCUUGGGAUUGUAUUAUGAGUUACUAUAGACUUCCUGGCAGCUCAUAACAUACAAAUCUAGAUUUUUUUUUUUACAAAUCUAGGCUGAAAACUGUUAUCGUGUGUGGAAAAAAAAAGACCAUCUGGUAUCCAUCCAUGCCACGGUCAGUAAACCGAACCUCCUGAGUGGCAUCUGUAUGAUUUUACGCUCUGUGCGGCUGCCACAUGAUCGUCUGUUUAGAUAACUGCAUGAAGGUAGAGUUGUAGAGGUGUUCGUAAUAAAGCAGGUAAUGAGUGUACACACACACACACACAGAGAGAGAAACACACAUAAACACACACACACACACACACACACACACACACACACACACACACACACACACACACACACACACACACACACACACACACACACACACACACCACUAACUCCAAACAUCUACCUGUCUUCCCAGGCCAGUUCUCUCUCUACAUAUUUCUUCGCUUGUAAUUCAGGAAUCAUAUCAGCAGUAAUAAUCGUACCGUUUCCCCACAUAUCUACGCCGAGACGCUGUAGCAUCUAAGAGAUUUUCACCUUGACAGUGAGAUAAUUACACGACUUUGACACAUUUAAUCAUCUGUCCAUAGAGAUGUAUGUAUUUUUUCACGCGCCGUGUUUAUACGCUACAGCCGUCCACCGGAUAAAGAAACGGAUAAAGAAAUUAUAUACGUAUUUAUUUUGCAUUUUUUUGAAGAAAGCGUGAAAGUCAUGUCAAUAAAAAUCUUGAACGUCA